AACCCAUUCACGGAAGUUUGUGUUAAGUUUAAUAGCUUCCUAGAGAGGGUGCAGGUAGUAACCUUGCAUUCUUGUCGUUUAUAAUUUAUUUAAAAGCACACUUCCAGCGGAUGUUCAACAAUGGAUUUAAGUCAAGAGUCAAUACGAAAGACAUUAGGAAAGUACAAGUUCAGAGACGUUGCCAUUGAAGAACUACAGAAAGUUCAUCGUGUGAACCCUGGAUUUAAGCCAUUGGUAGACACGUACACUUUUAGCGAUAGUUCCCAGAAGGACCUUUUGAAGCUGGUGGGGAAUAUUCCAGUCAGCUAUCAAGGUCGGUCAUACAACCUUCCCAUCCUGCUGUGGCUGCUGGACUCCUUCCCAUUUACUCCUCCCAUAUGCCUCCUGCGGCCGACUCCCAGCAUGAUGAUCCGAGUCGGGAAACACGUGGAUGCCCGGGGCAGGAUAUACCUGCCCUACCUGCAUAACUGGGACCAUCCAGCAUCUUCCGUAAAUGGUCUCCUCAGUGAGAUGAUUGCUAAGUUUGAAGAAGAGCCUCCUCUUUGCACUAAACCAUCUGCAGAUGAGAAAGAUCCUGCUGAGCUCCUGGCCUACGUGGAGAAAAUCUCGGGGGGAAUGUCCACCAUGAACAUCGGUCCUCCUGCCAGUGUGGGAAGAGUCUAUCCUGAGCGGCCGGUGAACAAAGUCACUGUGGUUGGCGGUGGAGACUUAGGAGUGGCUUGCUUGAUGAGUAUCUUGGCCAAGGGCAGUGUGGAUAAGAUAGUCCUCAUUGACUUCUCAGAGCACUCGUCGAAAGGAGGGACUAUGGAUCUAGAGAUCUUCAGCCUGCCCAAGGUGGAGGUUGCCAGAGAUCUCUCGGCCUCGGCAGACUCUAAGGUUGUUGUGGUGACGUCCAACGCCUGGAGUGAUGACGAGUCCUUCGUGAGCGUCGUGCAGACCAACGUGGAUCUCUACCAGGGGAUAAUCCCGUGCCUGGCUCGCUGCAGUCCCAGCGCGGUGCUGCUCAUCGCGUCACAGCCAGUGGACAUCAUGACCCAUGUGGCCUGGAAGCAGAGCGGGCUGCCCCCGUCUCGUGUCAUCGGCACAGGCUGCAACCUGGACUCGGAGCGCCUCAACUACAUCGUCUCCACGGUCCUCUUGUCACGGGCGGCUGGGUCCCAGCCCUGGGUCGUCGGAGAGCUCUCCGACAGCAAAGUGCCGGCCUGGAGUUCUUCAGCACCAGCGACAGACAGCCAGCCAGAAAUAACACCAGGACCCACCUCUACAAAACCACUUACAGACAGAGCAUUCGAGAUUCUCAAGGGGAGGGGUCAGCGGUCAUUGUCCGUUGGACUCUCAGUGGCUGACAUUGUCCACAGCAUCCUGGCUGAUCAGAGGAAGACACACUCUGUCUCUACGCUGGCACAGGGAUGGGGAGGUGUCUGUGGAGAGGUGUUCCUCAGCCUGCCCUGUGAGCUGGGCACAGGGGGAGUGGCACGGAUUUCAAAACUGACUCUGGGGCAGGAGGAGGACUUGAAGUUGAGGAACAGCGCAACAUCGCUAAGGAACUUCAUUCAGCAGCUCCGGAUAUAAAGACAAGGGUGCACUGCAUGCUUCCACACCACCUGUCUUGAAGGUGACGCGACCUGAUAUGUCAGUGUUGAGCUUCUGGCACUUUAAUCUGAAUCUUUGCCUUGUGCGUGUCCAUUGUAACAGAGGAUAACCAAAACAGCAUGUUUUAGUUUACAACACACAAGAACUUUGGUGGUACUGAAAAAGUCUCUUAGAAUUUAAUUUCUAAUGGAUGUGGUAACCAUACUUUACUAAUCAGUAGCUCAGAAAAGAAAUAGGCCUCUUUGAUGACCUGUACUCAAGUGUGUUGUUUAGAAGAUGAUCAGUGUAACCAACAGAAAAAUGUCUGCUAAGGGUUAUAGCUUGUUAUGAUUUGUUAUGGCUAAAGAUUAGCAGUCACUGUAAAAAAAGAGUGAUUCUUUUUUACACCAAUUUUGUUAUUUAUCUCCUGUACUUUAAGAUAUAGGUACACUAAACAUUUUAUGCCAGUACACAUUAGAAGUAUAUAAACAGAUUUGUAUAUAAUGGCAAUAAUAAAUUCCCCCCAAAUCCAGUUGAUAUUCUUGAAAACUCUUGAAAUCAUAGGGACAUGAUGCCUCAAGAUGUCAUGAAUCACAAACUGGGAUAAUCUUUGUACAGUAUGUGUUACAUUUUACAGAGGAUAUUGAACAUGGAAGAAAUUUUUGUUGUAGAUUGAAGUUUUACCAGCUGCACUGUUGUCUUAUUUCAGUAUGCCUGUGCAUACAGGGCUCUCCACAUGUUGUUUUUGUAGUCUGUUUAAAAGUAGUUUUGAGUGUCAAGUGUAGCUUUUUCAAAUACUGUAUUGGUCAAAUAUUGUUUCCAUCAAUGUUUACUUACUAGUGCAAUAUACCAUCAUGGUUCAUAUCAUUAUGACAGUAGACUACAUUCCUGUUCUUCAGAUUAUUUUGAUUAUGAUGAUUUUUUUGUGACUAAAUGACCUCUAUUAUGUUUAAUUUUUGUUUAAUACACACCAUCAUGCGACAUGUCUUAAACUUGAUUUUGUAUAGAUGGCAGAACUAAGAUUUAUUUUAGGAAGAACUUUAUGGAUUGCUAUCAAUUCAACCACACAAGUAACACAGUACCGGUUUUUGUCCUUUAUCUGUGCAUUUUUGUGUUUUUUCAGUUUCUUUACAAUAACCCUUUGCACAGCUAUUAAAAAUAUAUGCUGGAAAACGUUUGUGACCAUGUGUAGAUCUUACAGAUGAAGGAAAGUAAGCAGGGUGUAAAAUAAUGGGAAUAUCAGAAAUCUCUGCUUGCUUGAAUUGAGCACUGAUAUUUCACAUUUACAUGUUUGUAAUCCAGACUAAACCCAUUUUAAAACAUACAGUAAGCACUAAUGUGACAACAUGUAAAGAUACAGGGUAUAUUUGAAUUUGACCUCUGUCACAGCAACCUCAGCUACCUGUCCACACCCAAGUCUCAUGGGUUUGCCAUCCAGCUCCAGCCAUUACUAAUAAGACCACACUGGAGUACAACUCUCAUUCUCCCUCUUCUAACAGUCUGGAGCUUAGACACAAACUCCGACUUCUUCCUAGCUAUUCUUAGAACCCACUUAAUUAGCCCAAAGACAUGACUAAUUCCACACAGGGCACCUCACACCAGCUCCUUUCCCUCAUGUGGAAUUACACUCCCUCUGAGUGCUAAUUGCUCGAUCACACCAGGUGUGCCUCAGUCCACAGAUGUUCUCCAUUAGCAGGUGGCUCUCUCACAAAGGCACCUCUGUAUGUCAUAAGCACUCUUUAUGUUUGACAUAGUAUACCAAUACAAUACAAUUUCAAUACAUGGGCAUCGGAAACCAGCUGUAAACUAAUAUAAAUGCAGUAUAUCUUCACAUCAAAUAUUUUAAUGGCUUCGAUAUGAGCUCUGACAAUUGGCCAGCUACAUGUCAGAGGGAAGUUGACUUUUAGGGGGUGUAAAAUGUACAUGCAAGCAGUGAAUCUGUGCAGUAGACGGUACCAGUAUACCUCUUGCCAAGGCCCUGUCAUACAACAGACUGUCUCAAGAAUUGACUGCAAUCCUGCAGCAGAUAGACAUGAUCAGAACUAUGUAGGGGGGUCUGCUGCCUUGAAUGUCACCAGAAAGCAUUGUCCCCAUUCGCACUUUGCUAGGAAUAUCAAUGAUUUUAGAUAAGACUUUUUCCUAAUGUUAGUGCCACUAUUGUCUGGACAUCUGUGCAUGUAUAGUAUUGUCAGACUCAUUGACUCGCUGUUAAUUCUACCCACUCAAGAAAACCAGUCCAGCCAGACAUGAGAAAUUUUUUUAAAUAUAUUUUCUGGUUCUCAAACGUUAACAGCCACACCAUCUUGACAAUAUGUACAUGUUACAGAAUGCAAUAAAACCAAAACCUUUUGGUUGGAGCCCUUUCAACUCCUUAAAAAAGGAAUGUACAAACACUAUUAAAAAAACGUUAAUAAAAAUGGACAUGAAGGAA